AUGACGCCAAUUAUCCACCUCAAGCAAGGCCUGGUGAAACAGCCAUGGCGUUUUAGAAAGCCAGUGGAAUACCCUCAAGUAACUGGAUCGGAUCAUUGGAGACGAAAAAUGCGCACCUUAUUUAGGGCCUUCGACAUAAACAGUGAUGGUUACUUGACAAUAGAAGAUGUAGAGAUGAGCGCCAGGCGGAGUUCAGAGUUCAUGAAGCUUGAUGACGAAAACACUAAAAUUAUUCUUGACCAACGCCUUACCCACUGGAGAGAUUCAAUUUCUAGAGAUUCGACAGGAUGGAAAACAAGUAAAUUAUCCGAGGGUCAGUUCGUGGAGAAUCAGCUCGUCAACAUGAACGACAAUCAUUUCCGAGAAAGUUUCUUUGAUACCCUUUGUUCAAGAUUUCAAAUGAUGGAUCUUAACGGUGAUGGACUUAUUUCUCCAGAUGAACAUGCUGCUAUUUUCAACAUCCCUACUGAGCACUCAAAGAAAAUAUUCGACAUCAUUGCCUAA